GCGUCUUGUUUAGAACUCAGGAAUCUGUUCUAGAGUUUUCUGCCUUGUGACAUACUCUUUGUGAAGUUGUCCCCAGGAUGAAAAUGGAGGAGCAAGAUCCCACAAGUCCUGCUGUAGGGCAGAGGUCAGAAGGUAUUGGGACACCUCCCCACAUCCUCCAGACUGGGAGCAUCGGGGAGUUCUCUCAAAGGAGGCUAGGAGAUCACGUGAAGCAGGAGCCACGAGAGGGGCUGCUUCAGCAGUGGGAAGUCCAGUGGCAGGAUUUCCUCAAGACCAUGGAGUCCCCUCACGCAACCUGGGCAAUCUCUCUGCCAGAGAAGCUUACCCCAUGGAAUGAUGCCCAGGCCUUUCUGGCCUCCUUUGAGCAAGUGGCCAUAGCUUGUCAGUGGCCCAGAGACAAGUGGGUGACCCAACUCCUGCCAGCUCUAAGUGGAGAAGUCGAGCAAGCCUUCUUCAGCUUGGAUGCGCAAGACAGAGAGGACUAUGGAAAGGUGAAGGCAGCCAUCUUGCGAGGGGAUGCUAUCAACAGGGAGAAGAUUCGCCAACACUUCCGGCAUUUUUGCUACCAGGAGGCUGAGGGGCCAAGAGGGGCUUAUGGCCGACUUCAGGAACUUUGCCAGGGGUGGCUGAAGGUUGAGAGGCAUUCCAAGGAGCAAAUCCUGGAGCUGUUGAUCCUGGAACAGUUCCUGACUAUCCUCCCGCCAGAGAUCCAGAGCUGGGUCAAAAGAAGUGACCCAGAGAGCUGCUCCCAGGCAGUGGCCCUAGCCGAGGAAUUCCUGUUGAGGCAGCCAGAGGCUGAGAGGGAGGAGAAAGAGGUGACACCAUUUCACUGUGCUGUGUCUGUGGGUCAUCUGGGGGAAUAGAACUGGGGUGGAGAGCGACAUGGUGCAUUUGGGUGGGAAAGUGACUUCUCGCAUGCUGUUGUCCCAAGCCAGUCUGAGGGUGUCUACAGAAGGCUUCUUGGUAGUUUGGAGACCUUGAGACUUAGAUACCGUGUCUCAUCCUUGAAAUCAACUUGGUCCAAUACAUUUGACAGGAAUGCCUUUAAGUUGCACGUAAUGCCUUAGGGUACCCUGACCUGGAUAGCCCAGAUGAGCCUGAUCUUGUCAGAUGUCAGAACCUAAGCAGGGUCGGUCUUGGUUAGUAAUUGGAUGGGAGACUUCCAAGCAAGACCAGGGCUGCAGAGACAGGCAAUGGCAAACCACCUCUGUUAGUCUCUUGCCAUGAAA